UUGGCUAAACCGGCUAUGUGGGCGUGUCUGAUUUCUGAGUCUUCGCACCAGUUUUUUUUUUACCCAGAGAAAGGUGGAGAGAUAAUUUAAUCCUACUCUGACUGACAGCCACAGAUAGAGAAAACAAGACACACCUGCACCUUAGAAACAUGGACCUGAGCCUGCGAGAUGCUCUGGGUGGGGGUGGAGGUGGGGUCCCAGGUGGAGCCCCUGCUGAGCCUCUUAUAAAAAGAGACUUCAUGAGUACACUGGAGAAAGAGAGCUAUGACGACAAGGUGGGAGAGACUAUGACCAAAAGUGACUACCGACCUUUACUGGAUGGCAAGGAUGCAAAGAGUGGAUUUGGGAUUACUUCAUCAGUGAUGUUACCAGGUGGACGCCAAGACCCACCUGGACAACCCACUUUCACUUCUGACUACUUGUCUGGUCCUAUGAUGAGUGGAAUGACCGACCAGUGGAGCCAAAAUAAGGCAAAGGACACAAGCAUGCCUGACUCAUUUCUAGGAUUCUCACAGUCUGGAAUGAGUGGAAAUAUGGGCUCCAGCAUGCCACCUUUCCAGACUAAUGUGAACUCCAAUUUAGGCCAGAUGGGGACGGGAAAAGCUACAGACACACAGAAAAGUUCCGGCCUCUUUGGCUCAGAGCCCCAAAUCAUCAGUAAUACUAGUGGAAACAACCCAUUCAAACCAAGUGAUCCAUUUUCUUCUGGUGGUCCUGGAAUCCAAUCCUUGGAUCGCAGUCCAGCUCCCUCCCUCUCUCCCAGCGGCUCAGUGGAUGACAGCAGCCCUACCUCCUCCACUUCCGAACCUCUCAGUCCUGAGCGAUCAGGGUGUGAGGCUGGCAAGCAACAACAGAGAAGGAAGAAGAAGAAGAGGAAGGGGCGUGAUGAGGUGCACAGCUUCUUGGAUGGCCAGGAGAGCAAUGGCCAUUCCCACAAACAUGACUUACAAGUUAAAGGUGCACUGGAGGUAGAAGAUGAUGAGGAUGAAGACAAUUGGGAGUGGGAAAUCAGAGAGAGUGGCGCAGGAGGAAGAGUGAAAGGCAAGAAGCUGAAAAGUCGGGCAAGACUUCCAGAGGAGUGGGGAGCACCUCAACAACCAGUGUCCCCGAUCCCGGCGGCAGUAGCUCCGACCUUGGCUUCAGCAACAGACUUUGACCAUUUGGACUCCAAAGCGCUAAAAUCGAACCCGAAUCAAGGUUUCUCCUCAUCUAUGCAAAUACCAACAAGUUUGACUGAUCGCUCACACGGCAGACUUUCAACAGAUUCAUCGCCUCAACCUAUUAGCUCAUCUAGCAACACUACCGAUAAAAAUAGUGCAGUUGGCGGUGUUACUGGGAAUUUAGCAUUGAUGACAGGAGACAAUCUGAGCCCAGUCUCUCAGACGUUCUCUUUUUUAGAUUCAGUCCUCCAGACACCACCAGGUACUACGCCUGACUCACAGAGCACCACACCUAUUACGAACACAACCGCACUUGCCUCAGCUGCCUUGCCCACACCAUCAGAAGUAAUUACCCCUUAUUUGAAAACUUCAUCUGGCUUCUCCCCCUCCAAGACCAUUUCAGAUGUCCCUCCAACCUUUGCCCUGUCUUCAAAACCCUUGCCUUCAUCUGCCACAGAAAUCCAAUAUCCUAAAACUGCCCUUGAAUCAGUCCUCAACGUUGACGCUAAGCCCUUUGUACCUUCAGCCUCACGCACAGCCCCCACAACUGCUCCCAGUCCAGAUUCCCCCAUUACGGUUGUAAAAGCAGCAACAGCCUCCUCCGGAAUACCUAGUGGCACUGCAGUUAUACAACCUGGCUGUCCUCCAUCCACUAUCAGUGAACCUAUAAAGCCAACAUCUUCAGACACUUCCACUAAAGCUGCAGCCACCCCCACUCUUUUCACCACACCUGCAGUCCCUACCUCUCUCCUUACACACUCCAAGCACCAGGAGUCCGCAUCGCCACUGCUACCCCCACUGGAAGUGAAAGUUGACAAGGACAAGCAGGCGAAGACAGACAUCCUGUCCGGCAAAACAGAAAAGAUGGAAGCCUUUGACAAGAAGGAGAUAACAGAGAAACAGAACAAAGACAUCUGUCCUGACAAGAACCUGAAGCCUGAGAAGAUUCUCAAAGAUGAGGAAAAGACUGACAAGAUGAAUGCUGAGAAAAAUAACAAGAUCAGUGAGAAGACAGAGAAGACGGACAAGCCAGAGAAGACCAACAAAGAAGAUAAGAAAGAAGAGGAAAAGAAGCCGAUUGAGAAGAAGGAUGAGAAAUUAGGAAAAGGAGUGGCCAAGUCUCCAACAGGCAAUGGAAACAAGACUAUGCCAAGCCCGGACAACAAGAGCAAGACUGAGGUGGUUUCCACCAAAACAAACUCAUCCAAAUCUCGCCCAUCCACCCUUCAUACCAAUGGCGAAACCACUUCAGCCAAACACCCUUCCCCAACUACGACCCCAGCUAAUAAAAAAAGCCCUCUGCCUAAGGCGGCAACGCCCACUGCUGCCAAGAAGCCACCAGUGGCACCUGGAUCUGCAAAAACUCCAGAAAGUGGAGCAGCAGAGAAACGCCCAGCUGUUCAAAAGGCUACUCCCACAUCCCGUUCAGUUGCCAAUAAGAACAAUUCCUCUGCUCCUACUGGGACCAAAACCAUGGCAACCAAGAAUGACAAGAGUGACAACAAGUCCGGGGAGACUAAGAAAACCAAACCUAUUGCCCGUCCACGUCCAACCUCCACCACCUCUCCAACAAUUCCGUCUAACACAACCAAUGGUGAAGCAGUUCCCGCACAACGCCGUCGGGUCAUAACCAAGCCUCCUGUCCCUAAGCAAAGCGCUCUGGAAAAGAAGCCAGCAGUGCCCCGUGCUCCUCGUACCCUCCGGCCCAUCAAUGCCCCAACACCAGACCUGAAGAAUGUCCGUUCCAAGAUUGGGUCCACCGACAACAUUAAGUACCAGCCUGGCGGAGGGAAGGUGUCUUCCAUACAGAACAACAAGACAGCAGACCCCUCCAAUCCUUCCAAGGCCAGAGUUCAGAUAGUGCACAAAAAGCUGGACUUCAGCCAUGUCACGUCUCGCUGUGGCUCCAAGGACAAUAUCAAACAUGUCCCUGGAGGUGGCAAUGUGCAGAUCCUGAACAAGAAGGUCGAUGUGAGCAAGGUCACAUCCAAGUGUGGCUCCAAGGACAACAUCAAACACAAGCCAGGUGGUGGGGAUGUCAAAAUUGAGUCUCACAAGAUGAACAUUAAGGCAAAGUCUAAGAUUGGCUCCCUGGACAACGUGGGACAAGGCAAUGGACAGACAAAUGGACACAAGGAGGAGAGAGCAGAAGAGAAGACACCCUCACCCCCAAACAGCACUCCAAGCACUGGCCCGGCAGGAGUUGCCAAGGCAACAGUAGCACCAGGAGGUGUUGCAAAGGAAAAUGGGGUUAAAGAGCCCACUCUUACUCCUUUUGGAGGAGAUGGAUUGAGGGAUCCCCAGAGUAUUGACAGGCGCAUUGCUGAGAAAAAUUGAAUCUCAGCGCAGAAUGCUUGGUGUGGUACGCCUAGCACUCACCGGCUGACCAACCAACCUUCCAUGGUCACCUCCUUUUGGCCCUGUCCUUCACGUCCUGCAGCACCGAACUAAACGUCCGCCUCUAAAUGUUUCUCUGGGCUUCACUGCCUGACAGCGCACCAACCCUGACCUUCGAUGCUAGUCGGGUGACGUUUGGCUCUCCCACUAUAGAGAAGAGCACUUGUUGUUUGUCUGUGAAACUUCUGUCUCAUAGUACUCCUUAUGAGCACUGGCAUAGAGGACGUAAAUGCAAAUCUAAAAUCCUAUUACUGUUCACCCAAACGCUUAUUGGAAAUAUAUUUAGUUGGACUUUUUUUUUCCAUCAAGUAACCUUACCCACUUUAGUUACUUACUCACCAAUCCACUAAUCCUCCAACACGUAGCAAACAACUUCAUCUGCACUCAUACGUUAAUUCCCUGUCUUCUUUAAAUGCAUCUGUCCUUUUAUCCAACAAUGAUUUUCAAAUUUAUGAUAAUUACAGCGCAGCACUGUUUCUUUGUAGAUAAAUAGAGCUUGCUUAGCAUUGUCUCUACUGGAUCCCUUAUAUCUGCAAUUGCUCAUUUUUAUCAGUAUCACAGUAGUAAAAACUAGUGUCGAUGAUAAGGAAGACGAUUGAAUGAGUUUAAAAAAAAAAAAUGAUAAUCUUCAGUCAGAGGUAGUCACAGGGUGGAAGUGAAUAAAGCAAUAGGAGAGUCACUUUUCAAAUGCCUUUGGUCAUAACGCUUUUGCUGUAAAGAAGCCGUAUCAGACCAUGGUCUUAAAAAUUUCAGUUUUACUUAACUACCGUGUCACCCUAGUUUAGCUGCAUUUCACUUGUGUUUAACCUCAGAGUUGAAAUGCUUGCUGCUGCAUCUUUUAAAUUACAUUACAUAUAAAUUGUGGCAUGGAAGCAUUAAUACUCAGUAAGAUGUACAGUAUAGGAUAAUUGUUUAUUGAUAGUCAAACCUUUCUGUCUGCUACUUUGUGUUUGGCGAAUGUGUCAGAACUGCUAAACUGUUGGGUCUAUUGAAAAGGUGUCACCAUCACGUGGACUUUUUGGUCAUACGGUUUUAGCAAAAGAUCUAUGUGACAUGGCAGGAAUGUUUAGCUCAGUGCACAUUCAUAGAUUUCGAGAGGGGGUCUAAAUCCUGUGGACUAGAUUAAGCUAUUAAGGGUAAAGCAGAUUUGCUAUAGCUUAAUUUUUUAAAUUUGCAUACUGUAUAACGUGCUUUUCAUCUCAAUCUCUGAGGCCCACCGCACACCAAGCGACAGAUUUCAAACACAUGGUCGGUCGUGCCACAAAAUCGGCUUCAACAGUCCCUGAAAAUAUGUUUUCAAAAUGGCAAAAAAUAUUUUGAAGAUAGUAUUUCAAAAGGGCAUUGUGAGAAACUGAUUGGUUAACAGCUAACUUGAAUUGAGUUAGUAAUAAACACAUUAAUUGAAUAUUGUUUAGCCAAUAAAGACACAUUUCCAUUCUCUGUGUUCAAGCAGCUGAACAGGACAGGUAAAAAAAAAAACAAAAUGAUAUGAAUGGAUUAUCUUUCUAUCAUAGUAGUAAAUUGUCCCGUAUUAUUUCAGCAAACUGCUGCUGCUUGCAAAGCUAAGGUGUAGUUAUAAUUUAUGGAAAUGAGUGAAAACCAUCCACUUGUUCCUUGUUCCAUGUUUUUGUGGUUCAAUGAAAAAUAUACAUAUAAUUACACUACAGUGUAUUGUAUAUGAAGCCUCAAAACUCAAUACAGCAUCAGUUUUUUAAUAACUGCGAUUAAGUAAAUGUGCAAUGCUCAGUCAAUUGGUGAAUUACCAAUGCAAUGGUCGACCACAUUGCUCGGUGCACGUUGGGCCUUAAGGGAUGAAACGUAUCAAUGAGUGACGGAGACAGCAAAUGUAUUGCUGGUUUGAAAAAUGAGUUUUUGGAACCUGUUAAAUUAUUUUACUCAUGCAUAAAGCAUGUAGUAUCCCAAGUACAUACACAUGCAAGUACACUCAUGCAAAUAAAUACGUCCAGUGCACUGCCAAAGAAAAUAUUGGUUUAAUCAAGUCAGGUUAUUGAUGGUAUGUGUUCUAUUACAGAUAUAGGUUCUAUAUUGAUCCCGUUAAUACAAUGAUUAGUUAUGAUAUCUGUAACAUGUUCUUCAUUUUUAUCUCACCCGACCAUUGAUUUCAUCUACCUGUAGUUCAACUUGCAGUCUUUCACUCGACGUCGAUUAGAGCAAUACAGUGAUCUCAAUUGAUGACAAAUAAAUUGCACAGGCAGAAAGGCUGAUUUUAGCAGGGUUGCAGGAAUGUUCAAUCUUAAGUGUUGUUACAUUUAGAAAUAAAAAGACAAGUAUGGAUUUAUUUUGCUACUUAACAAUGUGUUUAUUCACAACUCUGGAAAACUACUGAUACAAAAAGAUUAAAUACACAUUACCAAUGGAAGUCAAAUCUAAUUCUCUUUGCGUUUACCUGGAUAUAUAUUGUAAAUACAAGGAAAUCGAUUGUUUUUUUGUUUUUUUUUUGUAGAUGCUUUUUUCAAACAUGUUUCUCAGCUUUGCAUAGUUGAUGUUUGUGUAGCUCGCCAAAAGAUGUCAGACGUUAAAAUUAGCAUUGUCUUUUAUUAUUACUAAAAGAGUUAUUACAUAAACACUGAAAACCAGAGUAUUUGCUUCCACUUGACUGCACAUCAUAAAUGCUAUCAAUACAGCUGUACUCCAGCAUUGCUUGUCAGCAUGUAGUUGGGGCUGAUUCAAGUAAGAUAAUAAUAAUAAUGAUAAUAAUACAAAAUAUACACAGUAGAGUUAUUGAAAGACACAAAAUUGUGAUGGCGCAGUAUUUUUGCUGAACUUAAAUAGUUGCCUCUGCUAGCAACAUUAUAUUGCAUUUUACACUGUGAUGUACCCAUUUACAGACAGAAUGUUUCGUUUGAGAUUCGUUCAGCCCACCACCGAUUUAGGAAAGGUCCUAUAGUUCACAAAUUUCCACUCAAGUGACCUGCACUUCAGAAGUGAAGGUUUUGUAAGGUCAUAGUGGCAGUGGAUGUCAGAUGCGUGAAGUGUUGUUGCCACAUCCAUCUUGUAGAGUGCUGCUUAGCCUCUUGAACACUGAUAGUCUGGCUCUGAAAUCCUAACGCUGAGCUAUGUCUCAUGCUAUUUAUAGUUGUGAUGUUCGCAAUAUUUGUCUAUCUGGAUCAUUAAAUAGGGUACUAAUGAAAUCCUGCUCAUUAUGUACAGCUCACAUCAAAUUGCCAAAAGUCUUGUGCACUUUGAACAGUCUUGCUCAUCUCUUGAGGCACUAAAAGUGAUAGAAACUUUGUUUUACAGUUUAGGUAAAGUCGGCGGUGUACUCUGUGCUUUUUAUGGGAACCAACAAGUCUUGUUAGUUACAUUUAUGAUAAUCAAAGUAACACGAAAGACAAUAAAAGCACCAUUUAAUCAUAUUUGAUAUUGUACCGUACCCUCCAAUCAUAUCCAUGAGAUGCCUAUAAGUACAAUUCUGUAUGUGGAUCAUGCGUGAAACUAAAUUGUUAAUGUAAUUCACAAACUGAGCAAAAGGAUAAAAGCACUUUGGUAUGAAUAGUACAUUGUUCAUGUUUAUGACAAUAUGAACUUGUAGUAGUUUUAAUGUCUUGGUUUUAAGUAAAGAAAAUGUGACCUUGACCCUGAGCUGUAUAUUGGUGACACCUGAAUUCUAGUCAGUUUGGUGCAUUCUGGUGAAAUGUUGGUCAUUGGUGUUGUGCUACUCGCUUUAACAACUUUUUAAAAGCAGCACUACAGUGUGCCCUCACCUAACCUUUAUAGAAAUGAUAAUUUUUGUUUCUAACUUUCAGCAUACAGUAUGCUUUAUAAUUGUCAUCUAAAUAUGAUUCUAAUGACCAUGAAUGGCAAAGGCCCUAAAAGAUAGCAUUUUCAAUAUGGAGCCUUGAAUUGACAGGACCAACUGUGAUAUUAUUUCAGAGUCCUCCAAAUACUUAGCGACACAUAGGGCUGCAACUAUCGAUUAUUUUGGUAGUCGAUUAAUCUAUCAACUAAUUAGUUUGAAUAAUCGAGUAAUCGGAUUAGGAACAUUGAAUGCGUUGCAGAAUAAGUUUUAGAUGUAAAACAAAGGCUUGCUAAGAUUGCACUUUCAAAAGAGCAUUGAAUGCGAAUACAAAAUAAAAUUCACGAGUGUUUCUUCAAACUAUGAGGAAUUGCUGUUUUAUUUAAGAAUAAAUUAAAACACCUGAGUUUAGCCUCAAACAGGAUAAAAGAAAUAAAUAAUAAAUGAAGAUCUAAGUAUAGCAAGAGAACAAUUGGCUAACUUGCAUUGUAAAAGCCCGCUAGCUUAAAUGCUAUAUAAUAAACUUUUUUUUACAAUGCUCCUAACAAAUUGUUCAAACACAAAUUCCCACAAAAACUGCUAAAUAUACCUAUAAACUAAAUUAUGAAUUUAUAAAAAAAAUAAUAAUAAUUAAAAAAAAAUUAAAAAAAAAAAAGAUUAAUUAAAAAAAACAUGCUAGCUCAAACAAAAAAAUUACCUUAUGUCGGUCUUAACAGGGAACAGCUGGAUUCAGCCAUGUUAAAUUAGUAAUGUCAUAUUGACUGUUGCCACUAGAAGGUAAUGUAUCCACCCAAAUCAAUAAAACUAAACGCAAACAUGUUCAACGAAUACUCGAAGCAGACUAAUUUGAUUCGAAGCUUUUUUAUAAUCAAAUUACUCAUGUCAAUCGAUUCAUAGUUGCAGCACUAGCGACACAUCAAAUUGUCAUCAUAGGCAUAUAAAAUGCAAUACUUGGGGUGAUGGCUGUCAUAAUGAUUUUUUAAAGAGGCAAAGUGUUGACUUCCAACUUGGCUGCAGUGAAAUGUAUGUCGAUAAGGGAGAUCAAUCAGGACUGAUGGGAAAAUUGGGAGCAUCUGAAGUCUGCAGUUUAGUGGCAAAAGUUGUUGUUCCCCCACAGACACUUGCUGUAUGUUGAACCAGUAGCAAAAACAACAGUAGAAAUGUUAUCUUUUACCUUUAAAGGAGUGAUAUUGCAAAGAAAAUAAUGUUGGUUUAACGUUAAGAUUUUGCUUUUGAAAUCAAGAGUAAUUCAAUCUUAGGUGGACCAAGUUAGGGUUGCAGCUCUACAACUUGCUCUCUAGGUAAUAUUACACAAUAUUCACCCAAAAGUGUUUAUUCCCAAUUACAUUACUGCCAAGCUACCUUUCAUAGUAGGAUUUCACUAUCCCCUCUAUAUAUAUAGUGGCACAUUUUUAUCAUGUAAAUUUCAAACAAAAAAUUAAAUCAUACCGCUCUGCAAGGUGUUGUCGAUGUUGAUUGAUGAACAUGUAUGUUCAUAAACUUGGGACAACUACUAAUGGUAUUAUUAUUAAAUAGAACGAGACAGGAAACCAUUUCAAUUUUCUAGAAUCCACCUUCUGUGUUUUCUGAUAUUUGAAGAAUGUUUUAAAAUGUAUUUAACAUAUAAGCUUAAGAAUUUAUGUAUGUGUUGCUCUGAAAGAUAGAUAAAAAUAUCAAAUUGGAUGACGUGUUGAAAGGUCAGAAAAGUCUGGUGUUUUACAGUAUGUAGCUAUAAAAUAAUUUGAAAUGUAAUCAAAGGUAACCUGAAAAUGUUUUCUAUACAUUUGCUGAAAUGUUGUCAUUUACAUGUAUUCUCAUAAAUACAGUAGACUUGGUGUAAACAUCAAUAGUCUUUUGCCAAGUAAUUUAAAGUGUUGAUCUGACUUCACAUCUCAGCACUGAAAUGUAGCCCUUGAAUCCCAGUCAGAUAAAAGCAAGGGUUUCAUUUGUAACCAGAAAAAAAAUUAGAUUGCAAUUAAUUCACUGUACACUUUUCCAUAUCCCUACAGUAAGCGCACAGUCGAUAUACAGUGGUACCUCUACUUACAAAAUUAAUUGGUUCUGGAAGUAGUUUCGUAACUUGAAAACUCUGUAAGUAGAGACGCGUUUUCUGUUUAAGCCCCCUAAAAUUCAGACAUAUAUCUUUUAUAAUGCAAUAAAAAUGCAUCAAAACAUGUAACAAAUAUGUGUUACAAUUAGAUAUUGCACAAUAAACAUAAAAUUGUUUGCAUAACGUUGUGCAUAAUGUAAAAAAUAAAUAAAUAAGAAGAAGAACACCAAGAAUAGAAACAAUAAUGUACAGAAUAAAAGUUAAUACACUGAUGUAUAGCUGUCGGAACACAAGGGGCGAAUGAAAAGGACGCAGGGAUACGCACACACACACAUCCAGUAGAGGUCCUUCUGAGCCAAUUGGAUACCAGGAAUGCUAGGCAAUAUCCAAUGGCAGAGCAACUAUAUGUAUGUUGCGUUCAAUAAACUCUGGAAGCUGCGAGUACCACCCAUACUGUAUUUUUACCUUCCUUAUCCUGAAAUUUCAAGAGGCAAUAUUUUCCUGUUGAGGCGUGUCUUAACCUGAAACUUCUGUAAGUAAAGACAUUCAUAAGUAGAGGUACCACUGUACUAUAUGUUGAUCAGUGCCCAAGUGUGACAUAUGAAACUAUUUUUCAGUGCUGUCAAGUGGGCCCACUGUAGUGUGUGCAGUUGUUUUGUAAGCCGGACGCAACACCAGAGCAAGAGCAUGCGGAAGAUCACAAAGUAACUACUGGUUGUCAUAGACAUCUAUCUUUUAGCUAGAGCUCAUCUUCCCCUCCAAUUCUGAAUAUUUGGUAUGAAAGCGAUGUUCUUUGUGUUUGUCAACCAGUGAUGUGAAUAUUCAUGAAAUAAAAAGAUAAGAAAAGAACAGA